AUGGCCCAUAUAACCAACAAAAAGCCCACUCUCACGUCGUGGGAAAAACUAGAUAUACUGCCUACCUCGCUGUCUGUGGUCGGGAUUUUACUCUACAGCCCUAUCGCAGCGUUAUUCCGGGGGAAGAAAGGUGCGAGAGGGUACUUUGUUGAUGUGUACCAUCGCGUUACGAGAGUGUUAUUUGCGCGGAUGUCAUCGCGACAGCUUCAGUAUUUGAACCCCACUUCCAAUGAAUGUUAUGAAUCUUUUAUGAAAAAGAAGCGUCUUCAACCGGAGUCAAUCCCGUUGAACCAUGGAGCCACAGGCCACUGGAUUGGGAAUAAGGACGCCAAAGAUGUCGUCGUUUACUACCAUGGAGGCGCAUUCGCUCUACCCAUCACCCCAGAGCACUUUGAAUUCUUCUACAGAAUCAUCCAAAGGCUCAACGCCAACGGCCGGGAUGUCGCAUUCUUCUUCGUCGAAUACACCCUCACCCCACGCAGCCUCUACCCAACCCAACUGCGCCAAUCCGUCGAAGCCCUCCGCUACAUCCUGACGGAGACGAAACGAUCCCCCACCAACGUCCUUGUAGGCGGGGACUCGGCAGGCGGAAACCUCGCCCUAGCUGUCCUUUUGCAUCUCUCCCAUCCCCAUCCGGAGAUCGAGCCGGUUGAGGUCUCCGAACCGCUGCGUGCGGUGCUUGGGAUCGCGCCGUGGGUGAACUACCAAUGCCGGGGACCCUCGGUGGAGAGGAAUAAGUACAAGGAUAUUAUCGACACGGUCUUUCUAAAUAAAUAUUCCACUGACUAUCUGAAUGGAUCGACUGUCGGGGAUAAUUGGAGUGAGCCGUCUCGGGCUCCCCUGGAGUGGUGGGAAGGUGCUAAGGUGCAGCAGUCAUUGAUUGUUGCUGGGAGUGAUGAGAUUUUGCUUUCGGGGAUUGAGGAGUUUGCGAACAAGUUCAAGUCGGUGGUGCCCAACACUACUUACAUCGUAGGACAUGGAGAUACGCAUGAUGAUUUGUUUUAUGAUGCCAGGUUUGACGGGGAGCAGGCAAAGGCCGUGGAGAGUUGGUUGACAGCCCAAUUGUAG